AUACAAAAAUCACUACGGGUACGGAUAAGCGCCAUUGUAAGAACAGGUAAGUUAUAUAAAAGAAGAAAAUGUCGUUCCAUCAAUUUAGUGCUUUUACUGGCCGUUUAAAACAAUCCACCCAAUUACAAGCUCUUUAUCCUUUAUCUCCAAAACCAUUAGAAAAAAUAGAAGCACCAAAAAUGAUGUUUGAUUCUAUUAAAACUAAGAUAGCAUCUACAUCUAAUUCUAUCUCUAGAAAUCAUUCUACAAUACCUGAAAAAAUGAAAAAAUUACAACAAGAAUGGCAGGCUGAUUUAUCAAAACCAACAUUUCUUUUACGAGGCACAUCAGAUCUAAUAAUUUAUCGUCUAACUAUUGCAACAACCUUAAUUGGUUUUGUUGUUAAUCUAUAUUAUUUAAAUGAACUUCGAUUGAAAUUUCGAUAAAAUGUUUCUAUGUUUAAUAUAGAAAUGUAUAGGAAUAAUAUAUAUAUAUAUUGUAAAAAAUA